AACGUCUGGCGUUCCCGCGAACGCAAUCGCUGCGCGCUCGGGACAAUGCCGAAUCCUCACAAAGGGAGAGAAUCUGCAGGAAGCCACCCGGCCACCUGCGACGACAGCUGGCCAGAGGAUCCCGGUGGGAUUCCGUCCGCUCCGGAGGCGACGAACGACAUUCUCUCUCUGCGACUCCUCAGGGUAUACGAAAAUGGAAGGGAAGAUGAAGAUCGCUGGUGGACUGGUCGUCGCUCUCGCCUGGCUCCUGUCUCCAAGAUUCGGAGUGAAUUAGCCGGAUUUGCUCGAAUCCCUGGAAUAGUGUGCAACUGCGACGACGUGCGCUGUCCCGAGGCUUCGUGCGUCAUGGCCCGACCGAUCUGCAAGGUUUACGGCGCAUGCCCCCAGCGACCCUUCUGCAUCCCAAAAGGUACGGCCCGACCGGGAGUCCGGGGACUUCCACCUUUGCGUCGAAUACGGAGCGAUUCGUCCCUUGCAGAUGCUCGGACGUGCGAGGGCGUGGAAUGCGAGAAGGGCGAGGAGUGCGUGAUGCAGGAGGUGGAGUGCAAGGAGCAUCCGUGCCAUCCCGCGCCUCGUUGCAUCCCCGAGGCCUUCGAGGCCGGCGGGGCCGAGGAAGAGUCCGUCCCGUGA